AUGAAAUUGAAAUUGCUGGUAUAUUACAUGUACAAUACCGGGCAUCUGCAGUCUUACAUUGUAUCAUUCUAUAUCAAAAUGGCCACAGUGGUACAAAACCCCCUGAAAACACAGUCCAGUGGAGCUGUGUUGAAAAACAGCCUGGGGGAGGAGUUCUACCGGGAGGCCAUUGAGCACUGCCGCAGCUACAACGCCCGCCUGUGUGCCGAGCGCUCCAUGCGGCUGCCCUUCCUGGACUCCCAGACGGGGGUGGCGCAGAGCAACUGCUACAUCUGGAUGGAGAAGAACCACAGAGGCCCAGGUCUGGCCCCUGGGCAGCUGUACACGUACCCGGCCCGCUGCUGGAGGAAGAAGAGGCGGCUAAACAUCCUAGAGGACCCACGACUCGGGCCCAUAGAGUUCAAGAUUGAUUACGAGGCGGCCCUCAAGAAGGAGGGUGGGGUCCCUGAGGGCCCCGUGCUGGAGUCUCUGCUGGCUGGGGAGGCGCUGGACAAGAAGGUGGAGACCAAGGAGGAGGAGCCCAUGAGCGAAUGUCAAAAGCUCCUGGUGGGGGACUUUCCUCACGAGCUGGACAUGGAGGAGAUGGAGGAGGACGUCCCCAAGCGCAAGAACCGCACAAAGGGACGGGCUUGUGGUGUUGGAGGCAUGAGGAAGAGGCAGGAGGCGACCUCCAUAGAGGACAGGGACAAGCCAUACGUCUGCGACAUUUGCGGUAAGCGGUAUAAGAAUCGUCCGGGCCUCAGCUACCACUACACCCACACUCACCUGGCGGACGAGGAGGGGGAGGAGGACUCCGAGCGCCACACCCUGCCUUUCCAGCGCAAGAACAACCACAAACCCAAGAAAGCGGCCGACGGUUCGGUCAUCCCCAACGGUUACUGCGACUUCUGCCUGGGCGGCUCCAAGAAGACGGGCUGUCCCGAAGACCUCAUCUCCUGUGCAGACUGUGGGAGAUCAGGCCACCCCUCCUGCCUGCAGUUCACCCUGAACAUGACGGCGGCCGUGCGCACCUACCGCUGGCAGUGCAUCGAGUGCAAGUCCUGCAGCUUAUGUGGCACCUCCGAGAAUGAUGAUCAGCUUCUGUUUUGUGACGACUGUGACAGGGGAUACCACAUGUACUGUCUGAGCCCCCCCAUGUCCGAGCCACCUGAGGGAAGCUGGAGCUGCCAUUUGUGUUUGCGGCAGCUAAAAGAGAAGGCGUCCGCUUACAUCACCCUGACCUAA